AUGGGGUUUAUUGGAUAUAAUAAAAGGUUUAUGUUUGCUGCAGUAGGUGCACCUGGCUCAACUCAUGAUUCAAGGCUUUUAAAGAAUUGUGAAGUAUACUCAGAAAUUGAACAUGGCAAAGUGCUGCCAAAAAAAUCACUGAACCUACAACCCUAUGGAGAAAUACCACUUACAACUGUUGGUGAUUCAGCCUUUCCAUCCCACUCGUGGUUGCUUAAGCCAUACAAAGAAGGAAUGCGAGAACCCCAAAAAAGGUACUUCAACAGGAGGCUUUGUUCUGCCCAAGUUGUGUCCGAGCAUGCAUAUGGGAUGCUUAAAGGUAGAUGGCGAAUCUUGUACAAGAAGACAGAAUGUCAUUUGGAUAAUAUUCAAAUAUUAAUCAUGACUUGCAUUUUGCUACAUAACAUUUGCAUUGACAGAAAUGAUCCAUGUAAGCCCAGAUGGCGCCUUGAAGUAAACCAGCUAAAUCUCAUUCGUGGAUCUGGCCAAGCAACAAAUGCAGCUGAAGAUGUAAGAUGCAUGAUAUCUAAUUGGCUAUGGAUAUUGCGGCAAGAAAGAGCCAUAUAA